CUGGGCAAGAUGCCCCUGUCAUUGUACGCCGACACCCGCUUUGCUGACAACCGCAAGCAUGUGCAGGGCUUUGCUUCUCUGCGGCAGGCCUGCUGUCAGGUGCUUGAGCGGAAUGCUGCCUCCGGAGGCUCCGGCGUUGAAUCAUGGUACAAGGAGGACAAUCUUCUGACGCUUGCGCAGAAGAAGGGGCGCGCCUGGUCAGGGAUCAGUGCGAUGACGGAGGACGAGGCGGACAGCCUUGGUUUCAAGUGCUCGUCAGGCUAUGACGCCACCAGGUCCGCCUUCACAUACAGCAAGGAUGUGAAGGAGUUGCUUCGCGGUGGGCUGGAGAACGGCGACUUCAUCCGCGAGUCAACGGGCAUGCCCCGCAGUGUGGCAAAAAGCUUUAUCAACAGGUGCAUGGGGCUUGGAGAAAGGGGCAUCCAGGAGUGGUGUGAUGAGACUGGCGUGGCAACCCUCCCCGAGCCGCUGCGGAUGUACUGGCAGGAGAUCAAGGCGGGCAUGGAGUUGGACGUUGAGAGAUUCCCGGAGCUGGCAAGGAAGUUGGCCAGCCGGGAGGGGCAGGCGCUCAAAGACGCAGCGUGCUACGUCCUGAACAGCGAGUUCGAGCGCUACCACUUGGACUCGACCGUGCAGCGCAUCAAUCGCAUCGCCAGAGUACGUUGCUACGAGCUUGACGGCCUGGUCAUCGAGCGACAUCCCACAUCCACUUGGGAGCACAUCGAGGAGGCCCUCGGCAACCGCUUUGCCUACAAGCCCUAUCGCCCUCGGGCCGAGCUUCUGCAGACCCUGGCCCGCACGUGCCACGCAUUGUGGCCGCCAGCUUUCAUGUGGGAGGAGCAGGAGCAGUACGCUAUCCAGUGUGCGCGGCGACUGAAGGAUCCGGAUCGCAGUCCGCCA